ACGUCUUCGAGGAUGUGCGAAUAAAUAAAAAUAAUGAAUAUACACAUUUAUAAGCGUCAAAAACGAACGAGCGACCGGGAGUUAGGAAUAUUGAUAAAAACAAUCCCCAACGUUACUGGGUGGCAUCGGCAAUCUUCCUCAUCGAAUCUCUGUGACUUUUAAUAUAGAAGAAUCCUCAUUGCAAAAAAAUAAGAUUCGCGCUGGACAGACAGACACACACACUUGGCUUAUCACUUGUUGCUCCAUGAUUGGGACGAACGUUUAUCAUCGUCGUGAGUAGAAGGUAUACUUAGCAUUUGCGAGAAGUAAGUAAGACGUUGAUGUGAUUAUUCGUGGGGACAAGCUCAGUUCAUUCAGUUACGCGUUCAACUAUGUUCUCGAGACUUAUUGAAGAAUUCAGCACCGCCAGUCUGUCGAAGCAGGCUACGGUUGUGGCAGCCGGGAUUGGGACGUUGGCAGUGACUGGAGCCACAGCCUACUGCAUAAAGCGACAUCUGGACAACAUUCCCCCGAAACAAUGGCGCAGGGCUGGUGAAGUCAACGAAAUCUAUGUGUUUCCAAUCAAAUCGUGCGCGCCAAUUAAGGUUAGUCGUAUCGGGUGCUCCGAUUUAGGCCCACAACGGAAUCUACUGAGGGAUCGCAUUUUUAUGGUAACAAAUACUGAAGGAAAAUGGAUGACGGCUCGUCAGAAACCGAAAAUGGUGCUGAUCCAACCGACAUUCGAUGACGGAUAUACUACGCUGACCUUGGCUGCACCCGGAAUGGAUGACAUUUCAAUCGACGUAAAGUCGCUAUUCGACGCCAAGCGCGGGAAAGGAAUUGUCUGGGGAGAUUCGGUUCCGGCAGUUGACUGCGGCGAUGAAGUAGCUAAAUGGUUCUCAAGAUACAUUCUAGAGAAGGACGAAGGUUGCCGGUUGGUGUUUUACCCGCUAGAAAAAACUAGCCGUAAAAUUUCGGGAACAGAUUCCGGUGCCUUGCAUGACGAGACAAGCUACAUGUUGUUCAAUACGGCUACCGUGGAAGAUUUGAACACCCGUUUGGAUCAUCGAGUUACGGCUUUGCAGUUCCGGCCGAAUUUCGUGGUCAAAGGACCUCCGGCAUAUGCGGAAGAUAACUGGCGCUGGGUUAAGAUCGGCAACACUGUUUUCAAAUAUGUGAAGCCGUGUUUGCGCUGUGUUUUCACCAAUAUCGAUCCGGAGAAGGGUGUCAGCAACCCGCAGGGUCAACCACUGAAAACUUUGAAGGGGUACCGUAAAAUCCCAUCUCUUGGCGAGUCCCCUGCUUUCGGAAUUCAUUUGGGGCUCAGAAAGUCCGGUGAAGUUAGCUUGGGAGAUGCUGUGUAUUACGCCUAGACCAGAGUUGGUCAAUUUGUUUUUUUUUUAAAUUUCAAAACAUAUAAAAGAUUUUAUUGUUGAAAAAUUGUUAGUUUUUAGAUGGAAAAGUAUAUAUUUGCUCAAAAUUUAUUAUUGAUUA